AUGGGAUGUUGCAACUUGUUCAGGUUUUCCCGUCGAAAGGAUCGAGAGAAGCCUGGGACACCGGCACUACAAGUCGCUGUGGCCACCAGUGACGACUUGCAGGAGAAGCGGAGCGAGGAGGGGCCGAAAACCUCCUCCACGACGGAUGUACAGUCAACGAGCACCAGCACCCCAGAACUGGUAGCGGAAAGCUUACCCGGACGUCUAUGGAACCUGGCAUACGACCAGCUCAAAUCAAAGGAUCCGAAAUUGAUCGAACACUAUGAGGGCAUCCUUUCAAGCCAAAUCGGUGGACAAGAGCUUAAGGCCGUGGACCUCGAUACACAGAUCAACAACAUCAGCUCAGGGCAGCCAAGAUCACUGCAGAUGCGACAGCUCGUUGACUCUGGAUUGCUCAGGACGGAGAAGGCAGCUGCGACUAACGAAGCACUCGCGCAAGGCCUGCAGGUGUUCAAUGUCGUCAAGGAUAGCGUCGCAACAGCUACCAGAGCUUCUCCAGAAGCUUCUAUAGCUUGGGUACCGAUCUGCCUUGCUCUUGAUAUACUUAUGAAUCCACUCACCCAACAGUCUUCUAAUAGAGAUGGAAUCGCUUACGUCGUAUCGAGGAUGGAUUGGUACUGGCAUCUAGCUGAUCUUCUCCUAGAGAGAAACCAAGAAGCCCGACGAUCGCAGCCGCUGCAAGAUCAACUCGAGAAGAAUCUCGUCGACCUUUACACUCGUCUUCUGGCAUACCAGAUCAAAAGUAUCAUUACAUACCAUCGCAAACGUGGCACUGUUUUUGCAAGAGACCUUGUCAAGUGGGAUGAUUGGGAAGGUGAGCUGGCUGCAAUAAAGGAGAUGGAAGAAUCGAUACGCCAAGAUGCAGCUCAAUUCAGCACGCAUGAAAUCCGUAACCAACUCCAAACUAUUGCGGAGAAAGCCGAGUCACAGGACAUCAGCCUGCACAACAUUGUGGUGAGUCUCCAGGAACAAACGGCGCACUCUCUGGCGUAUACGAAGAGUGUCGCGGACAACAAGUGUCUUCAAGACCUGUUCCAGACGAACCCCAGCCACGAUAAAGAACGGCUCGAAAAUGCAAAAGGGGGAUUAUUGGAUGGUUCUUUUCGGUGGAUACUUAACAACGCGGAUUAUCGGCGUUGGCGCAAUGACCGUGAAGGGCGGUUACUCUGGGUCGAAGGGUCUGGAGCCUACAUCGACGCCAGGCCACCUAUCUUUUCACCCGGUCAAGGCAAAACCAUGCUCAUGUGCGGCAUCAUUGACGCACUCGAACAAACCCUGGCGGCGGGUGAUCUCAUAUCUUACUUCUUCUGCCAGACAUCCGAACCGCGCAACAACAACGCAACGGCAGUCUUACGGGGUCUCAUCCAUCAUCUGAUUGGUCAACAGCCCUCACUUGUACGCUAUGUACGACUUGAGUAUGAUCGCGUGGGCGACAAGUUAUUUAACGACGCAAACACAUGGACGGCUUUAUCCAAGAUCAUUAUCAGUAUGCUGGGUGACUCAUAUAUACGGCAAGCGAACAUCUACCUCAUCAUAGACGCUUUGGACGAAUGCAUCGACUCGGACGAUCGUAGAAGACUCUUGGAACUGAUUGUACAGAUUUCAAGGAAGCUACCACACACCAAGUGCAUAAUCUCCUCACGCGGCUGGAACGAUAUUCGCGAUGUACUUACUGAGCAUCCUCAAAUGCUCCAUCUUCAACUCGACCCCAAAUCCGAAGCUAUACUUGAUGCGGUCGAUACCUACAUCGAACACAAAGUCAAAGCGUUGACUGAUAAGAAGAGAUUGGGUCCAUCGGAUGCCGAAGCGAUCCGUGACUACCUGAAGAAGAAUGCAGGAGGGACCUUCUUGUGGGUAGCGUUAGUCUGCAAGAGGUUGGGGUUCUCGAAACGCGUGUUCUACGAAAAGGACAUGCAAGCCUUCCCUCCCGGGCUCGAGCAACUGUAUGGAAGAAUGCUCCAGCAACUUCAGAGCUUAGAUGAGCCGGAAUCGAAGCUUUACAAAUUCGUGCUCGGGGUCGUGCUGACAUCACCAAGACCUCUUGAGACGUACGAAUUGGCCUAUCUGGUGAAGGAGCUAGACGAUGUUGGAGAUAAAGUAGAAACGAUGCGAGACAUCGUUCGAGAAUGUGGGUCAUUUCUCUCAGAGCAGAAUGACGAAGUCCUCUUUGUCCACCAAUCCGCCAAAGACUACCUGCUGGACCAUGGCAAAAGUGCUAUCGAUUGA